UUUUUUAUUCAUAGUUGCGUAGGAAUUCGUCCAGUACGCACAACAUAGCUAAUUUUGGGUUCAAGAUGCGGGGACUAUUAGUAUUAACGUUCACCUGCCUGUUUGUGGGCGCGAUCGGGCAGAUGCGUAGCAGAAGACUUCAUGUGCCUCAACACUGGAGAAACUAUGGAUUCGGCAGACCCCAGAACCUCGUUAGACCAAGAAGAAACGGAAAUAUAAUGGUCGGACCCCACGUUUGUAAAGAAAAUGGUCAAAGUUUCUGUUGCCCCGGAUGGACGACGUUAGUAGGAUCGAACAAAUGUAUUCAAGCUGUUUGUGAUCCCAAUCAAUGCGGGGACGGUGUGUGCAUUCAGCCUAAAAAAUGUAUCUGUCAAAAUGGUGCAAUUGCGACAUCUUGUGGAGCAGAACCCAGAUACAGAACUGGUCAGAGAUGCGGACUUCGUUGCAUGAACGGUGGAGAAUGCGUCAACAACGAAUGUGCUUGCAGUGGCGCUUUCACUGGUGCCCACUGCUCCCAGCCCAUCUGUGGACCAGGAUGCCAGAAUGGCGGAAGAUGCAUCAGCCCGAACAAAUGUCUCUGCACAUAUGGAUUCACUGGAAACAGAUGCCAGACAGACUACCGAGUUGGACCAUGCUUCCUCACUCGUGCAAAUGAUACAUGCAUGGACCAGAUCGAGGGCGUGACUUGCAACAAAAAGAUCUGCUGCGCCACCAUUGGUCAAGGAUGGGGAAUCCCCUGUGAAGAAUGCCCCGCAAGAGCUGGAAACUGCUCACGUGGAAGAAUGCCUCCACAUUGUGAAGAUAUCAACGAAUGCCAGAUGAUCCCAGGACUCUGCAAGGACGGCGAAUGCGUCAACACUGAUGGAUCGUUCAGAUGUGAAUGUGCCGAUGGUUACGUUUACAAUAACAAACUUCAUAAGUGCGAAGAUAUCGAUGAAUGUCUUGAAGGAUACUGCGAGAAUGGCGAAUGCUCAAACACAGUCGGAGGCUUCAUGUGCAAAUGUCCGCCUGAUUAUUUAUUGUCAUCUGACCAAACAUACUGUAUAUCCGACAAACCAGGAUUCUGCUACACUUCAAUUGAGAGUGGCUUGUGCGCAACACCUCUUCCACAGCUCACCAGAAGAACUGAAUGCUGCUGUUCUACUGUUGGAGAGCAUGAACAAGAAACCCUCGGAAAAUGCUUCGCAGUUCCAAACAGCAAUCCAGAACGUUGCCCAACUCUCGGAACGCCUGAAUUUGACCGAGACUGCCAAACUGAUACCAUGCUUGGUAUUUAUGACCGACCGGCACCGCUUGUUGGCGCGGGGUUACUGAGUAGUCUCAUGGGUCACCCAUGCGCCUCAAAUCUCGACGCGUGUGGAAAGGGUGUUUGUGUUGAAGUACUUUCGAUCUCUAGUGGCUGGAAAUGUCAAUGUGAUGAAGGCUACAUCCAAGAUAAGAACACGAAAACCUGUGUUGAUAAGAAUGAAUGUGGUGACGGAAUGAGUGAACGAGAUAUCUGUGGCUUAUAUGGAACUUGCGUUAACUCUAUCGGAAGUUACAGCUGCCAUUGUGAUCCCGGGUUUGCAAACGGAGAAGACAUGAUAAGUUGCAUUGAUAUUGACGAAUGCGCAGAGGCCCCUGAAGGUCUCUGUGAGAACGGGAGAUGCGUGAACAACCGCGGAAGCUUCAUCUGCAGCUGUGAUGAAGGCUACAGACAAACUGCCACACGUCAGGCAUGCGAAGACUACGACGAAUGCGUUGAAGAUAACGAUCUAUGUGAAUUUGGAAGAUGCGUCAACAUUAUUGGUGCAUUCAGAUGUGUGUGCAACCCAGGAUUCGUUGAAUCUGCUGAUAAGAGAAGCUGCAAAGAUGAGAACGAAUGUGAGGCGACAGGAAUGUGUGAACAUGGAUCUUGUAUCAACAGGAAUGGUGGAUUCGAGUGUAUGUGUGAUAAUGGCUUUGAAAUCACACACGACGGUAAACACUGCGUAGACAUCGACGAAUGCAAGCAGAAACCCUGCAUCAACGGAGAAUGCGAGAAUUUGAUCGGUGACUUCAGAUGCCACUGCCAUAGAUUCCAACAACUGGACGAAUCAGGCAGACGCUGUUUACUUGAGUCUCGAGUCGCCAACUGCUUCCGAAAUGUAAGGAAUGGACAAUGUAAUGCAGAAAAUGCACUGACAGCAUUGACAACGAGAGCUGAGUGCUGUUGUGCGGUGCCAGGAGGAAUGAGCGCCUGGGAUGAUUGCGAACCUUGUCCGGAGAGAGGAUCUGAAAACCACGGAGUUCUCUGCAGUGGUGUCACCAUCAACAAUAUAUGUGCAAUGCACGCUUCACCUUGUGACAACGGAGCCUGUAUUAACAUGGAAGGAAACAACUACAGAUGCGAAUGCCAUCCUGGGUUUUUACCGACAGCUGAUCAGAAAGCCUGCGUUGACAUUGAUGAAUGCAGCGAAUCCAUGCAAUGUAGUAACGGACAAUGCAGGAAUACACCAGGAUCAUUUGUCUGUACUUGCGAUCCCGGUUUCGUUCUUAAAGGAGACGUUUGCGAAGACAUUCCUGAAUGUGAAUCCAACCCUUGCAUCAACGGAGAGUGUGUUGAUCUUCCUGGAAGCUUUGAAUGUCGAUGCGAAGAAGGAAGCAUGCUUGACAUAAAUGGACUGGCUUGCUACAACGUUCAAAUGCAACAAUGCUGGAAAUCAUAUGAAAACAAUACUUGCUCAGAUAACUUCAGAGUUUUGACUGCUGAGGCUUGCUGUAACUCCAUUGGGGUUGCUUGGGGCAACAAGAAUUGCAUCCCAUGUACUGAGAUUGAACUCCGUUGCCAGAAAGGAUACAUGUACAACGUUGCUACCGAUGAAUGUGAUGACAUCCCAGAAUGUUCUUACGGGGCCUGCGAUCCACUUGCUGAAUGUAUUGAAACAGAGGGCUCCUUCCAAUGCAUCUGCCCAGAACAUCUCACAUUGGAUUCAACAAGAACUGUUUGUCUAGAUAUUCGUGUUGGAACUUGCUUCUGGGAUUUCGAAGAGAGCACAAACGAAUGUAGCAAUCCAACUUUCGGUGCCGUUAUGCGAAAGUCUGAUUGUUGCUGCACCGUGGGACAAGGCUGGCGUCAUGACUCCAAUGCAUGUGAAGGAUGCCCGGUAGAAGGAACUGCAGAAUUCGAUAAACUUUGCCCGCUUGGCAAAACCGGAGGCACAGACGGAAAACUCGGACCUACAGUUAAUGAAUGUAUUCGAUUCCCUGAUCUUUGCAACAAUGGUAUCUGUGAGAACACAGUGGAUAGCUUCAUAUGCAGAUGCAACAUUGGUUUUACCUUGGAUGAGACAGGCAGGAUGUGCAAUGAUAUUGAUGAAUGUGAUAUCAGCAUCGAACUUUGCGGUGAGGGCGAAUGCGUCAACACAGACGGAAGCUUCAACUGCAUCUGUAAAGAAGGAUACACUCUUAGUUCAACUGGAGACUUCUGUGAAGAUGACAACGAAUGUAUUGCUGGAGGUAAAUGCACAGGAGGAGAUUGCCUGAACACAGAUGGUUCAUACGAAUGCAGAUGUCCUCAAGGAAGAGCAUUGAGCCCAGACGGAACAAGAUGCGUCGAUGUUGACGAAUGCUUGGUCAUGAAAGAUCUAUGCAAACCAUAUGGAGAAUGCGUCAACAUGCUCGGUUUCUUUGUCUGUGUAUGCGAUCCUGGAUUCGAAACUACUGAAGAUAAAACAAUUUGCGUUGACAAAGAUGAAUGCGCCAUCGAAAACGGUGGAUGCUCUACCAUCUGUGUCAACACUAUUGGAUCAUAUGAAUGCCGAUGCGAAGAAGGAUUCACCUUGACUUUUGACGGACACACUUGCGCUGAUGUUGAUGAAUGUAUGGACCAACCAAGCCGAUGCGACGGAGGAAGAUGUGAAAACAUCGAAGGAAGUUUCCAAUGUGUUUGCUUUGAUGGAUUCAUGGCUACGAUGGACUUCCAAUAUUGCGAAGAUAUGGAUGAAUGUGCAAUGAAUCCCAACAUAUGCAUGAAUGGUAAAUGCCACAACACAAGAGGUUCCUACACCUGCAAUUGCGAUCAAGGAUAUUGUGUACCACAAGGACAAAUGAUCUGUGUCGACGAGGAUGAAUGCGAAUUGGGAAAACAUACCUGCGAUGUUAACGCAGACUGUUCAAAUACUGAUGGCGGGUUUGAAUGCUCCUGCAUUGAUGGAUUCUCCGGUGAUGGAUUUGAUUGCAUCGACGAAGAUGAAUGUACUAAUGGCAACAAUACUUGUGAUGAGAAUGCGGAGUGUGAUAAUACUCAUGGAUCAUAUGCUUGCAACUGUGAUGAUGGAUUCCACGGAGACGGCUUCUCUUGCUCUGACAAGGAUGAUUGUUUAGCCGAUGAAAACUUGUGCGGACCCCAUGGUACCUGCUUAAACAUUCAAGGAAGCUUCGAGUGUGAAUGCCCAAUGGGAUUCAUGACAACCGCUGACAAGAAAGCAUGCAAAGACAUUGAUGAAUGCGCAAUCGAACACAUCUGCGUCAACGGCCGAUGUCACAACGUUCCAGGAACAUUCAGAUGUGAAUGCCUCAAAGGUUUCGAGAAAGACGAACAAGGAGCAAACUGCACUGAUAUUGACGAAUGUGAUGACGUUGCCAAUUGUAUCAACGGUGAAUGUGUCAACUCAAUCGGAACCUAUGAAUGUCAAUGUCCAGAAGGAUUCACCCCCAACCCUGGCGGUGUCGGAUGUGUUGAUACCAGAACUGGCGACUGUUUCCUGAGAGUGGAAGGCGAUGAAAACGCUCCCAUCUGUUCUCGUGCUAUUGGAGUUGAUGUUGUCCGUGCGACAUGCUGUUGUUCUUACUACGCACAAGCCUGGGGAAAUCCAUGUGAAAUCUGUCCUGAGAGAAAUACUUCCGAGUAUCAAACACUCUGUCCAGGAGGAGACGGAUUCAAACCAAACCCGAUCACAGUAUUCUUGGAAGACAUUGAUGAAUGUAUGGAGCUUCCAGGUUUAUGUCAAGGCGGAAAAUGCGUCAACGUUUUUGGAUCUUUUAUCUGCGAAUGUCCAGAGGGCUACAAACUCAACGAAGAGAGCAGAGUUUGCGAAGAUGUUGAUGAAUGCACGGAGGCAGAAGCUGUCUGCGGACCAGGAACUUGUGUCAACUCUGUUGGCGGAUACAGUUGCUUAUGUCCUGAUGGAUACAAACCAAUCAAUAGAGGAAGAAUCUGUGAAGACGAAAGAGAAGCAUUCUGCUACAGAUAUUACAACGAAUCUUCAUUCCAAUGUACCGAACAACUCCCAUUCAAUGUGACAAAGAAAUUGUGUUGUUGCACCGGACAGAUCGGACAAGGAUGGAAUAAUCCAUGCGAGGUUUGCCCCAUUCCCGGAGAUGGCACUGCCUUCAAAGAGCUGUGUGGCGUUGAUAUCUACGAACCUGGUGAACUUAUCUGCAAGAAAGUUCCAGAUCUCUGCUUGAAUGGAAUCUGUGUCGACACCGAUACCGGAUACCAGUGUGAAUGUCCGAUGGGAUUCAGAUACAACGAAGCAAUGCUCAUGUGUGAAGAUAUUGACGAAUGUGCUGCUGAUGAAAACAUCUGCAGAAUCAAUGCACAAUGUGUCAACCUGCAAGGGUCAUACAGGUGCAGCUGUAAAGAUGGUUACACUGACAGGAAUGGAGAAUGUGUCGAUGUUGAUGAAUGUAUCGAGCAAGAAGCCUGUUCCAACGGUCAAUGCGAGAACAGGGAAGGCGGAUUCCUUUGCAUUUGCAACCAAGGUUUCAAGAGCAUCAACGAUGAACAAGCAUGCGAGGAUGUCGACGAGUGUGACUUUGAUCCAUGUGGUUUCGGAAAUUGUCAGAAUAUGGUUGGAAGUUACAUCUGUACAUGCUAUAACGGUUUCACCCUGAGUGACAACGGAGACUGUGUUGAUACUGAUGAAUGUGUUGAACUAUCUGUCUGUCGUAACGGACUUUGCAUCAACGAAGAUGGUUCGUACUCGUGCAUGUGCGAUGAUGGUUACAAGGUAGCCCGCGACGGAAGAUCGUGUAUCGAUGCUAACGAAUGCAUGGAGGAUGCGGCUGUAUGCGGUGAAGGCUCCUGCCAAAAUAUGGACGGUUCCUUCAAAUGUUUCUGUCCAGAUGGAUACUCUAGCCCUGAUGGAAAAUCUUGCAUUGAUGACGAUGAAUGUGAAUUGUUGGAUAUGUGCACAAAUGGCGAUUGUGUCAACACGCCAGGAAGCUUCACAUGCGUUUGCCCGCCCAACUUUGCUCUCAGCACCAACAAGAAACUUUGCAUAGAUCAAACCAAAGGCCAAUGCUACAGUUCAUACGACCUUGGCGUGUGUUCAAACGAGAUGCCAACUGCAGUUACUCGCGGUUCCUGCUGCUGUACAUGCACUGACUCAGCCUGGGGUGAAUCUGCUGGUGAAUGCGAGGCCUGCCCUGCUGAAGGAACACAAGAGUUCGAAAACCUUUGCCCUGAAGGUUGUGGAUUCACACCAAAUGGAGACGACAUCAACGAGUGCGUGACGAACAAUCCAUGCGUGAACGGAAUCUGCAGAAAUUUGGCGGGAGGAUUCAAAUGCGAAUGCAGAACUGGAUUCAAACUUGACGAAACGAACUUUGUCUGUGUUGACGAAGACGAAUGUGUUGAGCGAGGUAACCCAUGCGGACCUGGAACAUGUUCAAACAGAGUUGGUGGAUUCCAUUGUGAAUGUGAGGACGGAUACUACAAUGGACCUAUGAUGAAAUGCCUUGAUAUCAAUGAAUGUCUUGAACAGACCCACGGAUGUAAAUUCAGAUGCGUCAAUACAGAUGGAAGCUACGUAUGUACUUGUCCUGAUGGAUACAAAUUGAAUGAUGAUGAGCGAUCAUGUAGCGACAUUGAUGAAUGUUCCGAUGAUGACCUAAACAGAUGUGAAGAGAAAGGAAUGCUCUGCAAGAACGCUGUUGGAAGUUUCGAAUGUCUUUGCCAACCAGGAUACAAGAAAGUUGGAGUGGCAGACCAAUGCGAGAACAUUGAUGAAUGUUUGACUCUCGGAGUUUGUGCAGGAGGCGAAUGCAUCGAUUUGGAAGGAAGCUAUCAGUGCAGAUGUGGUGAAGGCUACAUAUACGACGAACAAGGACGACGUUGCAUUGACAAUCGUGAGGGACUCUGCUAUGCCGCUGUCCACCAACGUACAUGCGAACUCACUGCUACUACUGGCUUCUCCGUUUCAAAGACAAGCUGCUGUUGUAACAACGGUGCAGGAUGGGGACCUGACUGUGAUAUCUGCCCGCUUCCAAGUUCAAAGGAAUUCGUGAAACUUUGCCCACACGGACCUGGAUUCGACGAGAGAGGAGAAGACAUCGAUGAUUGUAUUGUAUUCCCUGGACUUUGCGCCAACGGCACAUGCACCAAUCUCCUAGGAUCAUACAAAUGUAUCUGCGACAGAGGUUUCAUGCCAACUGAGAACAUGCAAGCUUGUAUUGACAUUGACGAAUGCGCCAUGCCAAACGGAUGUGCUGGAGGAUCUCGAUGCAGAAACACAUUUGGUGGAUACAAAUGCGAAUGCCCAGCUGGUUACCAGAUCACCAACACUAUGAGAUGCGUUGACGUCGACGAAUGCACCAGGAAAGAUCAUCAAUGUCAAUUCAUCUGCAUCAACACUAUCGGAAGCUACCACUGCGGAUGCCCACACGGAUUCGCUAUGCAUAACAACCAAUCAUGCGUUGACCAAGAUGAAUGCAAGAUGGAUCCAGAUAUCUGUGGUGAGAACGCUGAUUGUGAGAAUGAUGUCGGUGGAUACCAUUGCGUAUGCGCACCAGGAUUUGAGAAGACUCCAAAUGGAGAUGGAUGCAUUGGUCUACCAUGUGAUUCCCGACCUGGUAUCUGCGGACCUCAAAUGUGCAUGAACGUUGGCGAGUCCAUCAGAUGUGUGCCAGGAUGCAAUCCCAACACAAGGCUCAGGUUUCACAACAUGAGAUGUUACGAUAUCAACGACUGCAGAGCAAACCCUUGCAAAUUUGGAGGCCGAUGUGUUCCUAAUGCUGAAGGACAAUACAGAUGCACUGGCGGUGGAUGCGGAAGGGGCUUCGCAAUGAUGGGAGGAUACGGUAGAGGAUGCGGAGACAUCAAUGAAUGCAGAUUCCAGAACAAUCCUUGCUCUUAUCAAUGUCAGAAUUCAUAUGGUGGAUUCAAAUGUGGAUGCCCGAGAGGAUACUUCGGUCUCGGUGGAAGUCAAUGUAUGAACGGUAUGGGUGGUUUCCAACAACCGCCAGUCUACCCUCAGCAAUACGGUCAACUACCAUUCAUGGGAGGACGUGGAGCACCCAUGGGAAGAUGCUACGACUGCGGACCGGUUGGACCGCACAGACAACGAAGAUCUACUGAGUCAGCACAAAUGGAAAUGAUAAGCGGGGAUGAUGAGAACCGUCCACCAGUUAAUACAUCUGUUCCAAUCAUUAUGCAUCUCAGCCUACAAAACCUGAACCCACGUCAACGAUUGAUCCAACUUAUCCCAGCUAUCCGGACAUUGAAGGAUCACACAUUGUACAAAAUCAUCGGAGGAAACGAAGGCAGAAUGUUCAGAAUUCACAAGCAAGACAGCUUCCACUUCAUCCAUCUUAACCGUGGUUUCGAGAGAGAGGAAGGAAAGAUCGAACCAGGCCAAUACAAGAUCAAGGUUGAAGCCAAACCAACCAUUGAUAAGAAGACAGCAAAGAAAGCCAGCCUUGACAACCCCCAGAUAGAGAAAGCAAUGGAGAAUACCGUCAAGUUCGAGGUUCUUUUCGAUAUCGAAAAGUAGAUAAAACAAUUUUUAAACCCACGAAUCUGCUGCAAGAUAACAUAACGAACUUAAAUUCGAAUCGAAUUUUUUAUAUCAUCAUUGAAUAAGUAAUCCAGCUAUCCAGAAUGUUGUAGUUUAUAUCCAGCCUUGUGCGUUCGGAAUGAUUUCCAUCACAACCCUAUCCCACUUUUUUUAAUUUAAUUUAAAACAAUUGAUCUGCGGUUAAACAGGUUUAAAUUUGAAUAAAUAAAAAUUUUAAUUAUUGUUUCCCAUUACCAAGCACCAAAUCAAUCAAAUAUAUUAAUCCUAGUUAUUGAAUAUUAGUCAAAGUUGAAAUGAUAAGACAUUGCUAAUAAUGAAAAUAUAUAAGCGGACGAAUAAAUGUGCUUUUAAGUUUAAAAUAUUCAUGUAUUUUGCUCCAAAUCGUUUUUGCUUGUUUUCAGGUUAUGAUAAGAUGGGUUGGAUGGGAAUAGAUAAGCAUGUUGAUGAACAGCUAAAGUCACUUUUAUACUUUGUUCCAUUAGCCAAAAUGUUUGUAAAUAAUCAUGACUUUUUUAAUUGCUUGUAUUGGCCAGGAAUGUACCAUGCGUUGCUCAGCAAAUAUUUGUUGUUAUCUGUAUUCAUGAAACUGACAAGAAUUGCAUUAUCUAACAGUGAAUCUGUUACUAUGCCCUGAUUGAUAACAGCCAAGCGUAAUUAAUAUCUCACUCUUCAGUGAAAACAAAAACUAAGAAGAAGUAUCAUGUAUUGGUACCACAAGCAAUUUUGAAAAGUUUCAUCUUUGUCAGAUCACAGUUUUUAGAAGCCCAUGCAAAGUUAUUGAACGCAUAUGAAUGCUGUUCACCCUUUCCCCCCACAAAAUGACAGCACACAUGUUACAUUCCUUGAAAUUAAUUCAUUCAAACAUUCCAUUAGUGGAUCACAUUUUGCCAAAUUUCAACCCCUCAUUCAUUCCAAAGAUUUGCCUGCAAAACUAGGCCUGAAUUGAGCAUUGGUUCUCAUGCGAUUUAUCAGUUUUGGUCAAAGAAUAGAUGGAUGUGCAGUGAUGCGCAUCGAUGACGUCAACUUCUUGACUCCCGGCCUAGUCAUUCCAUUUUUUUUUUUCGCUUUUUUAUUUUGACCGUAGCAUUCACUAAUGGCCUUUAUUUGUAGUCAUAAAUAAACUAAAAUUCGCAUCGAAAUUUUCCCAUUUUAAUUGAUGUAAAAUUUAGAUAGUAGUUGGUAUCGUUUCACAAAUAAAGUAAAGUAGGAAUUUUUACGAAAUAUUAAUCGCUACUUCACAUUCAUUAUUUUUUCACUUGUAUUCAAUAAAAAUCAUCAAAAACUAAAAAA